AUGAGCCGAUUCAGAAGAUACAAAAUCAUCAAAGAAGAACCAUUAUCCUUUCCCUUACCAUUACCCGUUUGUCACUCAUCUUCCUUACAUUUCUUCCUAACCGAAACCCUACCAUUCCCUUCCUUUGUAGAAGAAUCUCUCGAUCUAUGUCUUCUCCCGAGUCAUUUCCCCGCAGAUCUGGUGCGCGUGGAUUCGUUUAUGCAGAAACGAGUUGAGAAGCAGCAACAACUCGGUUUGCAGAGUUUGACUGACCGAGUCGCUGAGUUGGAGUCACGUUUUGAGCAGAUCCUCGGCGAGAAGGAGGAAGAGAAUGUUAAGGAUAAGACAGAGAGAGAUUUAAAAAUUGUUAUAAGUUUUUGUUGUUCUUGUUUACUGAGAAGAGGUUAUCGCGAUAGGAAUGGAGAUCGUGAGAUAAUUGGAACGUGA